AGAUGAGGAAACUGAGGCCCAGAGAAGAGAAGUGACUGCCAAGGUCCUGUCACAACAAGUUAUUAGUAGCUGAGCUGGGGCUGGAGUCAGGGUCGUCUGAUUUCUGUUCAGGGCCCUUAACAAAAUGGAAAAAAGGAAGAAUACUUCAGAUGGAAACACUGCCAGCACAAAAAAGAAGAGGUUUGUUAUUAGAACAAAAAAUGAUGUAAUUGAACAGUAUGACAUGAUCAUAGCAACCCUAAGAUAGAACAAGAUAUUGGAAUACCUGGAUCUAUGGUACAGAAUAUUAUAAAACACGCAGGCGAAACAAAAGAAAAAGACAAAGUUGCAUCAGCUUUUGGUGGUUUGCAAAAAGCUACAAGGAAUUAAAGUGGACAAUCAUGGGCCAGACUGGAAAGAAAUCCGAGAAGGGACCAGUUUGUUGGUGGAAGCGUGUAAAAUCUGAAUACAUGAGACUGAGGCAGCUCAAGAGGUUCAGACAAGCUGAUGAAGUAAAGAGUAUGUUUAAUUCUAAUCGGUAGAAGAUUCUAGAAAGGACAGAAAUCUUAAACCAAGAAUGGAAACAGUGAAGGAUACAGCCUGUACACAUCAUGACUUCUUGUUCUGUGACCAGUGAUUUGGAUUUUCCAAAGCAAGUCAUCCCAUUAAAGACUUUGAAUGCUGUUGCUUCAGUACCUAUAAUGUAUUCUUGGUCACCCCUAAAGCAGAAUUUUAUGGUGGAAGAUGAGACAGUUUUACAUAACAUUCCUUAUAUGGAGGAUGAAGUUCUUGAUCAGGAUGGAACUUUCAUUGAAGAAUUAAUUAAAAAUUAUGAUGGGAAAGUACAUGGAGAUAGAGAUUAUGGGUUUAUAAAUGAUGAGAUUUUUGUGGAGUUGGUGAAUGCUCUUGGUCAAUACAGUGAUGAUGAAGAUGAUAAUGAUGAUGGGGAUGAUCCUGAUUUGAGAGAUGAAAAACAAAAAGAUUUAGAGGAUAACAGAGAUGAUGAUAAAGAAAGCCACCCACCUCAGAAAUUUCCUUUUGACAAGAUUUUUGAAGCCAUUUCCUCAAUGUUUCCUGAUAAGGGAACAUCAGAAGAGCUAAAGGAGAAGUACAAAGAACUAACAGAGCAGCAACUUCCGGGAGCCCUUCCUCCUGAAUGUACACCAAACAUAGACGGACCAAAUGCUAAGUCUGUUCAGAAGGAGGAAAGCCUGCACUCAUUUCAUACUCUUUUCUGCAGGUGCUGCUUUAAAUAA